GUUUUUUUUCUGCACUCGCAUUCUUUUACACCCUCGUUCGCCUCCCUUCCGCGGCUCUUGUCUGUCUUAAUACUCCCUUCUUAUCCAUUCCUUGUGUUCCCUUCUCGACCACCCCCAUAGGCUCCGCCCCAGGCGCCGCACUACAAAGUACUAAGCUACCUUAGGUCAGGUACAGGGUGUCUGGGCAAACCUGCAAGUUCAGCUAGCCCGUACUCCGUACCUCCCGCUUGCCCCUGGAGCCGCGACCGUCCUGCACAAUCAUGGCGCGCAGCCAGACGCCGCAGGGCAGCGUGCGCCAGCGCACUCCGGCGGCCAAGAAAGGCAGCGAGUCGCCCGGCGUUGCCCCUGAGUACGAGCUCGACAAGCUCGCCAAGUUCGCCAUGCAGAAGAACGUCGCCGACGGCGAGCGCGAGCACAAGGUCGCCCUGGGCCUCAUCACCAUCUUGGCCUUUGUCACCCGGUUCUGGGGCAUCAGCCACCCCAAUGAAGUCGUCUUCGACGAGGUUCACUUUGGCAAGUUUGCCUCCUACUACAUCGAACGGACGUACUUCUUCGACGUUCACCCUCCCUUUGCGAAGCUUCUCUUCGCCUUCAUGGGCUGGCUCGUCGGCUACGAUGGCCACUUCCACUUCGACAACAUCGGCGACUCGUACAUCGACAACAAGAUUCCUUACGUGGCCUUCCGAGCUCUUCCUGCCAUUCUCGGAGCCCUUACCGUGUCCGUCACGUAUCUGAUCAUGUGGGAGUCGGGCUACAGCGUCCCCGCGUGCAUCGUCGCCGCCGGCUUGAUCCUACUCGACAAUGCCCAUAUCGGGCAGACUCGCCUGAUCCUGCUCGACGCGACGCUGGUGCUCGCCAUGGCAUGCAGCUUGCUUUUCUACAUCAAGUUCUACAAGCUGCGCCAUCAGCCCUUUAGCCGCAAGUGGUGGAAGUGGCUCGUCCUGACGGGCUUUGCGCUCUCGUGCGACAUCUCCACCAAGUAUGUCGGCCUCUUUGCCUUUGUCACCAUUGGCUCGGCCGUCAUCAUCGAUCUCUGGGAGCUGCUCGAUAUCAAGCGCCCUGCCGGCGUCAUUUCUCUGCCCGAGUUUGGCAAGCACUUUGCCGCCAGAGCCAUUGGUCUCAUCGUCCUGCCCUUCAUGUUUUACCUCUUCUGGUUCCAGGUCCACUUCGCCAUCCUCUCGCGCUCCGGCCCGGGCGACGACUUCAUGUCUCCCGAGUUCCAGGAGACCUUGAGUGACAACGUCAUGUUGGCAAACUCCAUGACGGUCCAGUACUACGACGCCAUUACCAUCAGGCACAAGGAGACCAAGACGUACCUCCACAGCCACGAGGACACGUACCCCCUGCGUUAUGAUGAUGGCCGCGUCUCGAGCCAGGGCCAGCAGGUGACUGGCUACCCCCACAAUGACACCAACAACUACUGGCAGGUCCUGCCCUUGGACGAUGACAAGCAGAGGGGUCGCGAUGUCAGGAAUCGUGACUUGGUCCGUCUCCGACAUAUCGUCACCGACAAGAUCCUGCUCUCUCAUGAUGUCGCAUCCCCUUACUACCCAACGAACCAAGAGUUCACCUGCGUCAGCGUCGAGGAGGCCUACGACAGCCGUGCCAACGACACAAUAUUUGAGAUUCGCAUUGAGAACGGCAAGACCAACCAGGAGUUCAAGUCCAUCUCUGGCCACUUCAAGCUUAUCCACAACCCGAGCAAGGUGGCCAUGUGGACGCACACCAAGCCACUGCCUGCUUGGGGCCACGCGCAGCAGGAGAUCAACGGCAACAAGAACAUCGCCCCUAGCUCCAACGUGUGGUUUGUCGAGGAUAUUCCCACGAUGCCCGCCGAUGAUGCGCGGCACCACAAGGAGGAGCGCAAGGUCAAGUCACUGCCGUUCCUGCUCAAGUGGUUCGAACUCCAGAGAGCCAUGUUCUACCACAAUAACAAAUUGACGAGCGACCACCCGUAUGCCAGCCACCCGUACCAGUGGCCAUUCCUGCUCCGCGGCGUAAGCUUCUGGACCCAGAACGACACGCGACAGCAAAUCUACUUUAUCGGAAACCCUGUGGGCUGGUGGUUGGCGAGCAGUCUUUUGGCCGUCUUCGCUGGCAUCAUCAUCGCCGAUCAGAUUUCUCUCAAGCGUGGCAUCGACGCCUUGGAUCACCGUAAGUGGACAAUGGGCCAUGUCAAACAAGUUUGGACGGGACUGACAGGGAUGCAGGCACCCGCUCUCGCCUCUACAACUCGACGGGUUUCUUCUGGCUAGCCUGGGCAACGCACUACUUCCCAUUCUUCCUCAUGGGCCGUCAGCUCUUCCUCCAUCACUACCUACCCUCUCACCUGGCGUCUUGCCUAGUGGCGGGCGGUCUUGUCGAGUUUGUCUUCAACGCCGAGCCCGUUGACGAGGCGCCGCCCGCGGGCGGCAAGAAGGGAUCCGCGGCCCGACCCAAGAGGCACAUUACCGCGCGAGAGAGAUUCGCGGGCCAGAGUAUGAUGGGCGCGUGGAUCGCCUGCCUGGUCAUCAUGAUCGUCGCCGUGGCAGGCUGGUACUUCUUCCUGCCUCUGACGUAUGGCUACCCCGGCCUGUCGGUGGAGCAGAUUCAACGCCGCAAGUGGCUUGGAUUCGACCUUCACUUUGCGAAAUAAGGGGUGCAAUGGUGCCGUCGUGAUUGGCAAUGCCCGUUGCUCAAGAUGGCAUUGCUGAUGAGGGGCAAAAACAGGAAGAUGUCCUCGGUGACGGCGUGACAAAAGUGUACAAUAAUGUGUUGGUCAGGUGCGGCAAUGACAUACAAGCAGAGCCAAUGAAAGACGGGCGAGGUUGGGUGUCACGGAGGCGUUUUGCUUAGGAAAGGCCAGGUGGAGAAGAAUGCCAUGAUGUUUGAGAAGGUGUAUGAGGGCGGCCACGAGAUCCGUGUAUGAGGAGGUGUGCAUGCGUCAGUCUCUUGCUGCGGAAAUUCAUCUGUCAUUAUAUUAUCUGGUCCCUGGGUACCCAACGUGCACGAUGUCGCU